UUUAAAACAUUGUACGGGGAACAAAGCUGGUCCUCGUGGGCGGAGUCGCGUUCUCCGGCCGCGGGAGUCGCGGUUCUGCAGCUGGGUGGGAGCUGGCAUCGGAGAGCAGGGAGGCAUCCCGUCUUCGGACAUAGGCUGUGCUUGUCAUGUCUCAUGGGAUCCUUUCUCCGCCGGUGGGCUUACUGUCUGAUGAAGAUGUUGUAGUCUCCCCCAUGUUUGAAUCCACAGCUGCGGAUCUGAGGUCUGUGAUCCGAAAGGACCUGUUGUCAGACUGCUCUGUCAUCUCCACCUCUCUGGAGGACAAACAGGCUCCAUCUGAAGACGCUGCAGAGAAGGUGAAAGUUUUCCUUCGAAUCAGACCCUUCUUAACUUCUGAGCUGGACCGUCAGGAAGAUCAGGGCUGUGUCCAUAUUGAGAACACAGAGACCCUUCUGCUACAAGCACCCAAAGACUCCUUUGCCUUGAAGAGCAAUGAGAGGGGAAUUGGUCAAGCCACCCACAAAUUCACCUUUUCCCAGAUAUUUGGUCCAGAAGUGGGUCAGGCGUCCUUCUUUAACCUGACUGUGAAGGAGAUGGUAAAGGAUGUACUCAGAGGACAGAACUGGCUCAUAUACACAUAUGGUGUCACCAACUCGGGGAAAACCUACACAAUUCAAGGUACUAUUAAGGAUGGGGGGAUCCUGCCCCGGUCCCUGGCUCUCAUCUUUAAUAGUCUCCAAGGCCAACUUCAUCCAACACCUGAUCUGAAGCCCUUACUCUCCAAUGAAGUAAUUUGGCUAGACAGCAAGCAGAUUCGACAGGAGGAAAUAAAAAAGCUGUCCUUGCUGACUGGAGGCCUCCAUGAGGAGGAGCUGUCCACCUUGAAAAAACGUGGCCAUAUUGAAAGUCGGAUAGGCACGAGCACCAGCUUUGACAGUGGCGUGGCUGGGCUCUCCUCCAGCAGUCAGUUCACCAGCAGUAGCCAGCUGGAUGAAACAAGUCAUUCAUGGGCACAGCCAGACACUGCCCCAGUAAGUGUCCCAGCAGACAUUCGCUUCUCUGUCUGGAUCUCUUUCUUUGAAAUCUACAACGAACUGCUUUAUGACCUGUUAGAGCCACCUAGCCAUCAGCAUAAGAGGCAGACACUGCGGCUGUGCGAGGAUCAAAAUGGCAAUCCUUACGUGAAAGACCUCAAUUGGAUUCAUGUUCAAGAUGUUGAGGAAGCCUGGAAACUCUUAAAAGUGGGCCGUAAGAACCAGAGCUUUGCUAGCACCCACCUGAACCAACACUCGAGUCGUAGUCACAGCAUCUUCUCAAUCAGAAUCUUACACCUUCAGGGAGAAGGAGAUAUAGUGCCCAAGAUCAGUGAACUGUCACUCUGUGAUUUGGCUGGCUCAGAGCGCUGCAAAGAUCAAAAGAGUGGUGAACGGCUAAAGGAAGCUGGGAACAUUAACACUUCCCUGCACACACUGGGCCGCUGUAUUGCUGCCCUGAGACAAAAUCAGCAGAACCGGUCAAAGCAGAACCUGAUUCCUUUCCGGGACAGCAAGUUGACUCGUGUGUUCCAAGGCUUCUUCACAGGACGAGGCCGUUCCUGUAUGAUUGUCAAUGUGAAUCCCUGUGCAUCAACAUAUGACGAGACUCUUCACAUGGCCAAAUUCUCAGCUCUGGCUAGCCAGCUUGUGCACGCCCCACCUGUGCAUCUGGGAAUCCCAUCCCUGCAUUCACUCAUCAAGGAACACAGUCUUCAGGUAUCCCCUGGCUUAAAGAAAGGGGACAAGGCUGACUCAGGCCUUGAUGACAAUCCUGAAAGUGACACUGACAUCUCCAUGUAUGGCAAGGAGGAGCUGCUGCAGGUGGUGGAAGCCAUGAAAAUGUUACUUUUAAAAGAACGACAGGAAAAACUGCAGCUGGAGAUGCAGCUCCGUGAGGAAAUUUGCAACGAGAUGAUAGAGCAGAUGCAACAACGGGAGCAGUGGUGCAGCGAGCAUUUGGACACCCAAAGGGAACUGUUGGAGGAAACCUAUGAGGAGAAACUAAAGAUCCUAAAGGAAUCACUGACGAGUUUUUACCAAGAAGAGAUUCAGGAGCGGGAUGAAAAAAUUGAAGAGCUAGAAACCCUGUUGCAGGAAGCCAAACAGCAGCCAGCGGCACAGCAGUCAGGGGGCUCUGAAGUGUCCCUACGCCGGUCAGAAAGGUUGGCAGCUUCUGCCUCCAAUCAGCAGCUCCAGGAAGUUAAAGCUAAGCUAGACCAAUGCAACGCAGAGCUAAACUCUACCACAAAAGAGCUGCAGAAGUAUCAGCAAAUGUUAGAACCACCACCCACAGCCAAGCCCUUCACCAUUGAUGUGGAUAAGAAAUUAGAAGAGGGCCAGAAGAAUAUAAGGCUGCUACGGACAGAACUUCAGAAACUAGGGCAAUCUCUCCAGUCAGCAGAAAGGGCCUGUUGCCACAGCACGGGGGCAGGAAAACUUCGUCAAGCUUUGACCAACUGUGAUGACAUCUUAAUCAAACAGAACCAGACCCUGGCUGAGCUACAAAAUAACAUGAUGCUAGUGAAACUGGACCUUCAGAAAAAGGCAGCCUGCAUUGCUGAGCAGUAUCACACUGUACAGAAGCUUCAAAGCCAGGCUUCUGUCAAAAAGCGGCUGGGAGCAAACCAGGAAAACCAGCAACCAAAUCAACCCCCAGGAAAGAAACCAUUCCUUCGAAACUUACUCCCCCGAACACCCACCUGCCAAAGGUCAACAGACAGCAGCCCUUAUGCACGGAUCUUGCGUUCACGGCACUCUCCUUUACUCAAAUCUCCUUUUGGCAAAAAAUAUUAAAGUUGUGGGGAUGAAGAUAAGAUGCACGGUUGUUGCCCUGAGGCUGGUCAGCUGCUCAGCUUAUGAGGCUCUUUUAAGCGGCAGCAUAUACCCAGAACUUUACGCAGAAUCACUGUAUUAUAAUCACCUAUAUAAUCUUGUUUUUCUUGCACAAAUAUUAUAUGGAAUAAAGAUACUGUUUAUGCUUUUUA